AUGGAAGUACAUUUUCCAUUAUUCUAUCAGAUCUACUAUAUUGUUAUCCCAUCCAUCAGCGUCAUCGGAAACUCAUGUAUAGUCUAUAUCACCAUCCGCUCCAAAGCUCUACGUAGUCCGUGCAAUAUUUUCAUCGCUCUGGUUUCUUUAGGUGUAGUUGGCCAUAUCAUGGCUAAUAUAAAUAUGUCAUUGACGUAUUUAGUAUAUCCAAACCAUGUCAUAACUCGUGAAAGCUGCAUCUUAUGGCAAUUGGUCCCUGUCUUCGGAAUGUGCUUUUCUACACUCUUCCAUCUUAUUGUAGCCAUUGACAGCAUGACUGUUUGCCUUAUCAACGCAUCAAUGGAUGAUGCGACAAAGAAAUUGCUGAUGAAUGGAGUGGUUGCAAUUUACGUUAUGACAGUGAUCUGUUACGCCCUUUUUUUGCGUAGAGUGAGGAAAGUAUCAAUAAGUGAAGAACAUAUGCGUGGAAUUUAUCGCUCACUAAUACUAGUCACUGCUGCAAUCGCUCUCAGUUUUGUGAGCUUCGCGGUUGUAAACGUGGUGCUUUCCGUGCUGCAAAUCAACAUGGACGAGCUGAAUAGGACCUGGCUAACUGGAACGUUCCUGAACUUGUCUACCGCUGCAAACUUCUUCAUAUACUACUUUAAUAGGUUUAUGACUUAA